AUGGACCAGAGCCAGCCGGCGGGGGAGUCCCAGCAGGACCAGGGGACAGAGGGGCGUCUGGGGACAGGGUUCAGGCAGAGAAAGAUGGUCCUGAAGUGGUUCAUGGAGACUCAAGCUCAUCUCAUCCUCCAUGAGGGAAAUGUCCCCUCCUGGUUCGAAGGAUUCAUCAACAGAAGGUAAGCACUUCUACAUACAUCUCUAUUGAGAGAUUGAUUGGAUUGGAGAUUGAUUGGCAAAUCAUGGCUAUUUUGUGCAGUGUAGUGCGGUGUAAUGCAUUCCAUAGUGACGUUAGCUGUUUAUAGGGUAGUGACUCACUGUAAGAUUCAUUUUCCAGCUGAUGGGGAGUUUAGUCACAUUUAUUUUGGAAUGAUUUAUGUUUUAAUUUGGAAUAAAUAGAUCAGGGUGCAUUCAUUUCCUUUCCAGCGUUUUCUUGAAUUAUCGCUACCUUCUGUUUGGUAUUUUUUAGUCAUUGUGUUUGUGAGAUGCAGGUAUUAAUAAUACCUCCCUAUAAUAUAUAAAUAAUACCUCCCUAUAACAUAUCAAUAAUACCUCCCUAUAACAUAUCAAUAAUACCUCCCUAUAACAUAUCAAUAAUACCUCCCUAUAACAUAUCAAUAAUACCUCCCUAUAACAUAUCAAUAAUACUUACCUAUAACAUAUCAAUAAUACCUCCCUAUAACAUAUCAAUAAUACCUCCCUAUAACAUAUCAAUAAUACCUCCCUAUAACAUAUCAAUAAUACCUCCCUAUAAUAUAUCAAUAAUACCUCCCUAUAACAUAUCAAUAAUACCUCCCUAUAACAUAUCAAUAAUACCUCCCUAUAACAUAUCAAUAAUACCUUCCUAUAACAUAUCAAUAAUACCUCCCUAUAACAUAUCAAUAAUACCUCCCUAUAACAUAUCAAUAAUACCUCCCUAUAAUAUAUCAAUAAUACCUCCCUAUAACAUAUCAAUAAUACUUGCCUAUAACAUAUCAAUAAUACCUCCCUAUAAACUAUCAAUAAUACCUUCCUAUAACAUAUCAAUAAUACCUCCCUAUAACAUAUCAAUAAUACCUCCCUAUAACAUAUCAAUAAUACCUCCCUAAAUAUAUCAAUAAUACCUCCCUAUAAUAUAUCAAUAAUACCUCCCUAUAACAUAUCAAUAAUACCUCCCUAUAACAUAUCAAUAAUACCUCCCUAUAACAUAUCAAUAAUACCUUCCUAUAACAUAUGAAUAAUACCUCCCUAUAACAUAUCAAUAAUACCUCCCUAUAACAUAUCAAUAAUACCUCCCUAUAACAUAUCAAUAAUACCUUCCUAUAACAUAUCAAUAAUACCUCCCUAUAACAUAUCAAUAAUACCUCCCUAUAACAUAUCAAUAUACACUCCCUAUAACAUAUCAAUAAUACCUCCCUAUAAAUUCAAUAAUACCUCCCUAUAACAUAUCAAUAAUACCUCCCUAUAACAUAUCAAUAAUAUCUCCCUAUAACAUAUCAAUAAUAACUCCCUAUAACAUAUCAAUAAUACCUCCCUAUAAUAUAUCAAUAAUACCUCCCUAUAACAUAUCAAUAAUACUUGCCUAUAACAUAUCAAUAAUACCUCCCUAUAACAUAUCAAUAAUACCUCCCUAUAAUAUAUCAAUAAUACCUCCCUAUAACAUAUCAAUAAUACUUGCCUAUAACAUAUCAAUAAUACCUCCCUAUAACAUAUCAAUAAUACCUCCCUAUAACAUAUCAAUAAUACCUCCCUAUAACAUAUCAAUAAUACCUCCCUAUAAUAUAUCAAUAAUACCUCCCUAUAACAUAUCAAUAAUACCUCCCUAUAACAUAUCAAUAAUAUCUCCCUAUAACAUAUCAAUAAUAACUCCCUAUAACAUAUCAAUAAUACCUCCCUAUAAUAUAUCAAUAAUACCUCCCUAUAACAUAUCAAUAAUACCUCCCUAUAACAUAUCAAUAAUACCUUCCUAUAACAUAUCGGGCGGCAGGUAGCUUAGUGGGUAAGAGCGUUGUGCCAGUAACCGAAAGGUCGCUGGUUCUAAUCCCCGAGCCGACUAGGUGAAAAAUCUGUCGAUGUGCCCUUGAGCAAGGCACUUAACCCUAAUUGCUCCUGUAAGUCGCUCUGGAUAAGAGCGUCUGCUAAAUGACCAAAAAUAAAAAUAAAUAAAUAAAAUAUCAAUAAUACCUCCCUAUAAUAUAUCAAUAAUAACUCCCUAUAACAUAUCAAUAAUACCUCCCUAUAACAUAUCAAUAAUACCUUCCUAUAACAUAUCAAUAAUACCUUUCUGAGGUUUGAGGUUAUAUUGCUUUUUAAUGCUUUUUAAUGCUUCUGUAGAGAUGCUGAGGAGACACUGAGAGACAAGGAACUGGGCUGUUUCCUGAUCCGACUCAGUGACAAAGCCAUGGGAUACAUCCUGUCAUACAGGUCAGUUCUGCUUGUUCUUCUUCUAUGUAGAUAACAUAGAUAACAGUGAAGAUAACAGUGGAGAUACCAGUGGAGAUACCAGUGUAGAUAACAUAGAUAACAGCAGAGAUAACAUAGAUAACAGUGGAGAUACCAGUGGAGAUAACAUAGAUAACAGCAGAGAUAACAUAGAUAACAGUGGAGAUACCAGUGGAGAUAACAUAGAUAACAGUGGAGAUACCAGUGUAGAUAACAUAGAUAACAGCAGAGAUAACAUAGAUAACAGUGGAGAUACCAGUGGAGAUAACAUAGAUAACAGCAGAGAUAACAUAGAUAACAGUGGAGAUACCAGUGGAGAUAACAUAGAUAACAGUGGAGAUACCAGUGUAGAUAACAUAGAUAACAGCGGAGAUAACAUAGAUAACAGUGGAGAUACCAGUGGAGAUAACAGUAGAGAUGACAAAGAUAACAUAGAUAACAGUGGAGAUAACAGUGGAGAUAACUGUGGAGAUAGCAUAGAUAACAGUGGAGAUACCAGUGGAGAUACCAGUGUAGAUAACAUAGAUAACAGCGGAGAUAACAUAGAUAACAGUGGAGAUACCAGUGGAGAUAACAGUAGAGAUGACAAAGAUAACAUAGAUAACAGUGGAGAUAACAGUGGAGAUAACUGUGGAGAUAGCAUAGAUAACAGUGGAGAUAACAGUGGUGAUAACUGUGGAGAUAACAUAGAUAACAGUGUAUAUAACAUAUAUAACAGUGGAGAUAACAUAUAUAACAGUGGAGAUAACAUACAUAUCAGUGGAGAUAACAUACAUACCAGUGGAGAUAACAGUGGAGAUAUCAGUGGAGAUAACAUAGAUAACAGUGGAGAUAACAUAGAUACCAGAGGAGAUACCAGUGGAGAUAACAUAGAUAACAGUGGAGGUAAGAUAGACAACAGUGACGAUAACAUAGAUAACAGUGGAGAAAUCAGUGGAGAUAACAUAGAUACCGGUGGAGAUAACAGUGGAGAUAACAUAUAUUACAGUGGAGAUAAAAGUGAAGAUAACAUAGAUAACAGGGGAGAUAACAGUGGAGAUAACAUAAAUACCAGUGCUGAUAACAGUGGAGAUAACAUAGAUACCAGUGGAGAUAACAUAGAUAACAGUGGCGAUAACAUAGAUAACAGUGGAGAUAACAUAAAUAACGGUGGAGAUAACAGUGGAGAUAACACAGAUAACAGUAGAGAUAAGUGGAGAUGACAGAUAACAGUGGAGAUAGCAGUGGAGAUAACAGUGAAGAUAACAGUGGAGAUAACAUAGAUAACAGUGGAGAUAACAUAGAUAACAGUGGAGAUAACAGUGGAGAUACCAUAGAUAACAGUGGAGAUAACAUAGAUAACAGUGGAGAUAACAGUGGAGAUAACAUAGAUAACAGUGGAGAUACCAUAGAUAACAGUGGAGAUAACAUAGAUAACAGUGGAGAUACCAGUGGACCACAGUAGAACAUAGCAGCAUACCCCGGACUUACCAGUGUUAUUAUUGUCUUCCAGAGGUCGUGAUCGAUGCAGACACUUUGUAAUCAACCAGAGUAAGUCAGGCCAGUUCAUAGUGUCUGGAGACACAGAGGAGCAUGAGACCCUGAGAGACCUGAUAGAGCACUACAAGACCAGCCCAAUAGAGCCCUUCAGAGAGUACCUGACCUGCUCCUGUGUAGAGGUGAGGAGAGACUGCCUCUAGCCUGGUCCCAGACCUGUUGUUUAACCCUUCAGAGAGUACCUGACCUGUUCCUGUGUAGAGGUGAGGAGAGACUGUCUCUAGCCUGGUCCCAGACCUGUUGUUUAACCCUUCAGAGAGUACCUGACCUGCUCCUGUGUAGAGGUGAGGAGAGACUGUCUCUAGCCUGGUCCCAGACCUGUUGUUUAACCCUUCAGAGAGUACCUGACCUGCUCCUGUGUAGAGGUGAGGAGAGACUGCUUAUAGCCUGGUCCCAGACCUGUUGUUUAACCCUUCAGAGAGUACCUGACCUCCUAUCUCUAGCCUGGUCCCAGACCUGUUGUUUAACCCUUCAGAGAGUACCUGACCUGCUCCUGUGUAGAGGUGAGGAGAGACUGCCUAUAGCCUGGUCCCAGACCUGUUGUUUAACCCUUCAGAGAGUACCUGACCUCCUAUCUCUAGCCUGGUCCCAGACCUGUUGUUUAACCCUUCAGAGAGUACCUGACCUCCUAUCUCUAGCCUGGUCUAUUUGUGCUGUGUUGUCAACUUCACAGAUCUGGGACCAAGUUACACAGUCUUUAUGUUAUCAUUUGAACUCAAGAAGGUAUUCAAGAAGGCAUUUUGUAAGCUAGUGUGUGUUUAACUGGUUCAAGUAGGUAUAUUGUCAGUUAUAAUGGUAGUGGUCAUAGUAUACAGUCUAUCAGUAAAUCAAUCUUGUCAUUUAUAAUGGUGGUGGUCACAGUACCUGUAAGUAAAACUGAUGGUGUCGUGAUCCUUCAGUCUUCCAGAGGAGAAGUCUAUGACAUCAUCAAAGUCAACCCCAGACAGAAGCCCGUGGUCAGUGUGACAGCUGUUAGGAGCCUGUUGGACCCACAGAGGGACCAGCAGGAUGACUGGACCAGGGCUAGGCCUCCUCCACCCACCCUGCCUCCGAAGAGCAGCCUGUUGGACCCACAGAGGGACCAGCAGGAUGACUGGACCAGGGCUAGGCCUCCUCCACCCACCCUGCCUCCGAAGAGCAGCCUGUUGGACCCACAGAGGGACCAGCAGGAUGACUGGACCAGGGCUAGGCCUCCUCCACCCACCCUGCCUCUGAAGAGCAGCCUGUUGGACCCACAGAGGGACCAGCAGGAUGACUGGACCAGGGCUAGGCCUCCUCCACCCACCCUGCCUCUGAAGAGCAGCAUGAAACCAGAGGUGUGUAUAAAAAAGAUGUUGAUUCAACGUACGAUUGUAAGGCAACCCUCUGCAAUAGGAUUGUGAGUUUGCUCAACAAAAUGUUCACACACAAACUACAGUCCUGUUGCAGAGAUGGCGCUGGAGGGGAUGGCUGCCGUUUUAUGGACUCUUAACCAACCGUGCUAUUUUGUGUGUUUUUUCACAUUGUUUGUAACUUAUUUGUACUUAAUGUUGCUGUUACCGUCUCUUAUGACCGAAAAGAGCUUCUGGACAUCAGAACAGCGAUUACUCACCUUGAACUGGACGAAUAAUUUUUAUUUAAUGAGUCGGACGAGAGGGAUUUUCUCCAGACACCCGACAGGGCCCUCAUCCCCGUCAUUCAGUAGAAAGAAAAGGAGAUAUCGCGGAAGGAGAUCGGGGUGCCUGGUAAGGAGCCGGCGAUGAGUGGCUAAUUUGCCUUUGCCAUCGAUACUAUUGGCCAAUUUACAAUCGGUUGAUAAUAAAGUGGACGAACUACAGGCAGGAAUAUCCUAACAACGGGACAUUAAAAACUGUAAUAUCUUAUGUUUCACCGAGUCGUGGCUGAACGACGACAUGGAUAACAUACAGCUGUCGGGUUAUACACUGUAUCGGCAGGAUAGAACAGCAGCCUCUGGUAAGACAAGGGGUGGCGGUCUACGUGUAUUUGUAAACAACAGCUGGUGCACGAUAUCUAAGGAAGUCUCUAGGUAUUGCUCGCCUGAGGUAGAGUACCUCAUGAUAAGCUGUAGACCACACUAUCUACCAAGAGAGUUUUCAUCUAUAUUUUUCAUAGCUGUCUAUUUACCACCACAAACCGAUGCUGGCACUAAGACCACACUCAAUUAAUUGUAUACGGCAAUUAGCAAACAGGAAAAAGCUCAUCCAGAGGCGGCGCUCCUAGUGGCGGGGGACUUUAAUGCAGGGAAACUUAACUCAUUUCUACCAGCAUGUUAAAUGUGCAACCAGAGGGAAAAAAACUCUAGACCACCUUUACUCCACACACAGAGACGCAUACAAAGCUCUCCCUCGCCCUCCAUUUGGCAAAUCUGACCAUAAUUCUAACCUCCUGAUUCCUGCUUAUAAGCAAAAACUAAAGCAGGAAGCACCAGUGACUCGGUCAAUAAAAAAGUGGUCAGAUGAAGCAGAUGCUAAGCUACAGGACUGUUUUGCUAGCACAGACUGGAACAUGUUCCAGGAUUCUUCAGAUGGCAUUGAGGAGUACACCACAUCAGUCACUGGCUUCAUCAAUAAGUGCAUCGAUGAUGUCGUCCCAGGAUGAGACCUGGUGCCGACGAAGAUGGCGGCCUCGCGACUAGCUCUUAGGAAACUUUGCAGUAUUUAGUUUUUUUAUGUAUUUAGCUGUAUAUAGCCUGUAUAUAGCUGUAUAUAGCCUGUAUAUAGCUGUAUAUAGCCUGUAUAUAUCCUGUAUAUAGCCUGUAUAUAGCUGUAUAUAGCCUAUAUAUAGCUGUAUAUAGCCUGUAUAUAGCCUGUAUAUAGCUGUAUAUAGCCUGUAUAUAGCUGUAUAUAGCCUGUAUAUAGCCUGUAUAUAGCUGUAUAGAGCCUGUAUAUAGCCUGUAUAUAGCCUGUAUAUAGCCUGUAUAUAGCUGUAUAUAGCCUGUAUAUAGCCUGUAUAUAGCCUGUAUAUAGCUGUAUAUAGCCUGUAUAUAGCCUGUAUAUAGCCUGUAUAUAGCUGUAUAUAGCCUGUAUAUAGCCUGUAUAUAGCUGUAUAUGCCUGUAUAUAGCCUGUAUAUAGCCUGUAUAUAGCCUGUAUAUAGCCUGUAUAUAGCCUGUAUAUAGCCUGUAUAUAGCCUGUAUAUAGCCUGUAUAUAGCCUGCUAUAUAGCCUGAUUUAUAGCCUGUAUAUAGCCUGUAUAUAGCCUGUAUAUAGCCUGUAUAUAGCUGUAUAUAGCUGUAUAUAGCCUGUAUAUAGCCUGUAUAUAGCCUGUAUAUAGCCUGUAUAUAGCCUGUAUAUAGCUGUAUAUAGCUGUAUAGCUGUAUAUAGCCUGUAUAUAGCUGAUAUAGCCUGUAUAUAGCCUGUAUAUAGCUGUAUAUAGCUGUAUAUAGCCUGUAUAUAGCCUGUAUAUAGCCUGUAUAUAGCUGUAUAUAGCCUGUGAUAUAGCCUGUAUAUAGCCUGUAUAUAGCCUGUAUAAGCCUGUAUAUAGCUGAUAGCCUGUAUAUAGCUGUAUAUAGCCUGUAUAUAGCCUGUAUAUAGCCUGUAAGUUAUAGCCUGUAUAUAGCCUGUAUAUAGCCUGUAUAUAGCCUGUACAUAGCUGUAUAUAGCCUGUAUAUAGCUGUAUAUAGCCUGUAUAUAGCUGUAUAUACUGUAUAUAGCCUGUAUAUAGCGUAUAUAGCCUGUAAUAUAGCCUGUAUAUAGCCUGUUAUAGCUGUAUAUAGCCUGUAUAUAGGCCUGUAUAUAGCCUGUAUAUAGCUGUAUAUAGCCUGUAUAUAGCCUGUAUAUAGCCUGUAUAUAGCCUGUUAAGUUUAUAGCCUGUAUAUAGCCUGUUAUAGCCUGUAUAUAGCCUGUAUAUAGCUGUAUACUGUAUAGCCUGUAUAUAGCUGUAUAUAGCCUGUAUAUAGCCUGUAUAUAGCCUGUAAUAGUGUAUAGCCUGUAUAUAGCCUGUAUAUAGCUGUAUAUAGCCUGUAUAUAGCCUGUAUAUAGCCUGUAUAUAGCUGUAUAUUAGCCUGUAUAUAGCUUAUUAGCCUGUAUAUAGCCUGUAUAUAGCCUGUAUAUCGCCUGUAUAUAGCCUGUAUAUAGCCUGUAUAUAGCCUGUAUUAUCGCCGUAUAUAGCCUGUAUAUAGCCUGUUUAUAAGCCUGUAUAUAGCCUGUAUAUUAGACUGUAUAUAGCUGUAUAUAGCCUGUAUAUAGCUGUAUAUAGCCCUGUAUAUAGCCUGUAUAUUGCCUGUAUAUGCUGUAUAUAGCUGUAUAUUAGCCUGUAUAAUCUGUAUAUAGCCUGUAUAUGCUGUAUAUAGUCUGUAUAUAGCUGUAUAUAGCCUGUAUAUAGCUGUAUAUAGCCUGUAUAUAGCCUGUAUAUAGCCUGUAUAUAGCCUGUAUAUAGCCUGUAUAUAGCCUGUAUAUAAAAAUAUAAAAAAUAAUAAUAUGCCAUUUAGCAGACGCUUUUAUCCAAAGCGACUUACAGUCAUGCGUGCAUACAUUUUUUGUGUAUGGGUGGUCCCGGGGAUCGAACCCACUACCUUGGCGUUACAAACGCCGUGCUCUACCAGCUGAGCUACAGAGGACCACAGCUGUAUAUAGCUGUAUAUAGCUGUAUAUAGCCUGUAUAUAGCCUGUAUAUAGCUGUAUAUAGCCUGUAUAUAGCCUGUAUAUAGCUGUAUAUAGCCUGUAUAUAGCCUGUAUAUAGCCUGUAUAUAGCUGUAUAUAGCCUGUAUAUAGCUGUAUAUAGCCUGUAUAUAGCUGUAUAUAGCCUGUAUAUAGCCUGUAUAUAGCUGUAUAUAGCCUGUAUAUAGCUGUAUAUAGCCUGUAUAUAGCUGUAUAUAGCCUGUAUAUAGCUGUAUAUAGCCUGUAUAUAGCUGUAUAUAGCUGUAUAUAGCUGUAUAUAGCCUGUAUAUAGCUGUAUAUAGCCUGUAUAUAGCUGUAUAGAGCCUGUAUAUAGCAGUAUAUAGCCUGUAUAUAGCUGUAUAGAGCCUGUAUAGAGCCUGUAUAUAGCCUGUAUAUAGCUGUAUAUAGCCUGUAUAUAGCUGUAUAUAGCUGUAUAUAGCCUGUAUAUAGCUGUAUAUAGCUGUAUAUAGCCUGUAUAUAGCUGUAUAUAGCUGUAUAUAGCCUGUAUAUAGCCUGUAUAUAGCCUGUAUAUAGCUGUAUAUAGCUGUAUAUAGCCUGUAUAUAGCCUGUAUAUAGCCUGUAUAUAGCUGUAUAUAGCCUGUAUAUAGCCUCGCUAUUGUUAUUUUACUGCUGCUAUUUAAUUAUUUGUUACUUUUACUUCGUAUUGUUUUAUAUUGAAUUUUUUUGUGAUUUCUUUUUGGUAUUCUUUCUUAAAGAGGGGGCGGCAGGUAGCUUAGUGGUUAAGAGCGUUGUGCCAGUAACCGAAAGGUCGCUGGUUCUAAUCCCCGAGCCAACUAGGUGAAAAAUCUGUCGAUGUGCCCUUGAGCAAGGCACUUAACCCUAAUUGCUCCUGUAAGUCGCUCUGGAUAAGAGCGUCUGCUAAAUAAUGUAAAUGUUAGAACUGCCUUGUUGGUUAAGGGCUUGUAAGUAAGCAUUUCACUGUAAGGUCUACACCUGUUGUAUUUGGAGCAUUUGAUAAAUAACAUGUUAUAUUAUUUUAUUGCAGCUGGUUUAUUGUAACGUGCAACACUACAUGCUUUAUAGGGGGGUUGGUAGAACAUUCAACUAAUAGAUGUCAAGUCAAAGUGCCUCUUUGUAAAACUCAGGCCUUCCAUUUGUUUUGAUUACUUGCUGGCGUUUGCAAAUACAGAUUCAAAGUUGAUCAGAGUGUAACCAAAUCGCUUCCUCAUGUCUCUCUAACCAGGAAAUACCCCCUGUGCCAACUGUACCUAGUGUCCCACCUGUGCCUAGAAGGGCAGGCCCUUUGAAGAGCAGUUCCCUGGAUGACCAACAGGGUAGUGCUCAGAGUAGGGUGUUGUAUGCCCAGCUGGAGAAGCACAAGGCCAGGGAUCCCCAACCCAGGAGCCUGGAGGGUACACCCAGAGCUCCAGAAGAGAGGUCUGAAGGCCUGGGUCCUGUAGCCCAACAUCAGUCCCCUCAGAGGGGGAGCAUUCCCAUGGGUAGACCUGGAGCCCCAGGCCCAGCCUCAGCCCCAGCCCCAGGGCCAGGCCCAGGCAGCCUGCUGGACAGCAAGAGCAAGUCUCUGCCUCUCCUGGACCUGGAUCAUGACUCUGAGGAAGGGGCCAAUAACUCCUACAGGCUGAGUGCACCUUCUUUCACCCCCCCAAGACUCUCUCCCAAACCCAACAAACGGACCACUGACCAGAGCUCUAGCCCCUCCCUUCUGGACCAGAGGUACCCAUCCGGACCUUCCCUUCUGGACCAGAGGUACCACAAUGAUCCCUCCAAGAGACCGCCCAUCAUCAGCCACAGUCUGGAACAUCUAAGUAACAGCCCCAGCCCCAGCCUUGUGUAUCAACUGGCAGGUAGACCCAGGGACCAGGAAGGACCCAUGACAUCAUCACCACAGGAAGAGGAAGAGGGAGCUGACAGUGUGUACGCUGAGGUCCCUCAUGAGCAGGUUCUCCGUCUCCUACUGGAUGACACCUACGAACAAAUACCAGAGUUAGGACUGAAAGGAUCAGCCAGACUUUAUGAACACAUACCAGAGUUAGGACUGAAAGGAUCUGCCAGACUUUAUGAACACAUACCAGAGUUAGGAUUGAAAGGAUCAGCCAGACCUAAUGAACACAUACCAGAGUUAGGACUGAAAGGAUCUGCCAGACUUUCAACUAACAACCACACCUAUGAGCCAGUGGAGGAGCUCAAAUCCAAACGCACCACCUCCUCUUGGGGGAUAAAGGUGGGUACUGCGUCCAGACAUGUCCAUGGUAAUGGCAGUAUGGUAGUGGUAGUCAUACACUGCUAGAUCUGAUUCUAAUGUGAUGUCUGAUGUUCUUCCUCAUCUGUAAAAUGGCUUACUGUUCCUCAUCUGUAAAAUGGCUGACUGUUCCUCAUCUGUAAAAUGGCUGACUGUUCCUCAUCUGUAAAAUGGCUGACUGUUCCUCAGCUGUAUAAUGACUGACUGUUUGGCUUCCUGCAGAAUGAGAAAUGGAGAUGGCUGUUCCCUGAGAGACAGAAGAAAUAA